CUCUUCUAUGCAUGUGCACCUGGAAGGGUAAAUCUAAUAGGGGAGCACAUCGACUACUGCGGUUAUUCAGUCCUGCCAAUGGCUAUUGAGCAGAGCAUCCUGGCAGCCGUGUCGGUGAACAACUCCGGGAUGAUCCAGCUGGCAAACACUAAUGCUCAGUACCAGGAUUUCAAAGUGUCAUGCUCAGAAGAGAUCAUCAUAGACAGAGAAAAUCCAAAGUGGUAUUUUUAUUUUCUCUGCGGUGUUAAAGGUAUCCAGGAGAAGUUUGGGAUCACUCGUUUAGCUGGGAUGUCCUGUGUUGUGGAUGGAACCAUUCCUCCCAGUUCCGGUCUCUCCAGUUCAAGCGCCUUAGUUUGUUGUUCAGGCCUCUUGACUAUGGAGGCGAACCAAAAGUCUCUUUCUAAGGUAACGCAUUUCAAGCUUUACCAGCGAGCUAAGCAUGUGUACGGCGAAGCUGCGCGCGUGCUGAAGUUUCAGAGCGUGUGCGACGCCGGAUCUGCCGAGUCUCUCCAGCUGCUGGGGGACCUGAUGAACCAGAGCCACGCGAGCUGCAGGGACCUGUAUGAAUGCAGCUGUGCAGAACUAGAUCAGCUAGUGGAUGUCUGUCUGAAGUCUGGAGCCAUCGGCUCUAGGUUGACAGGAGCAGGCUGGGGAGGCUGCGCCGUCUCCAUGGUUCCCAGUGAAAAGGCGGCGGGCUUCCUAAAAGCCGUCAGAGAGGCCUACUACAUGUCAGACCCACGCAGAGCUUCCAUGGAAAAACAAAGUUUGUUUGUGACGAAGCCGGGGGGAGGAGCUGCAGUUCUACUGGAGGAGUAAAACCUCAAACCCACCAAUGUUUACUUUGCAAACUUUAUUUUUCUAAUCGGCUUGAAGAGCUGGGAAUAAUUGUGCUUUAUGUUUUAGCUCAUUUUACAGAUGGGAACAUGAGGGAAUCAAUAUACACUGCUGUGAUUUGUAUUUGCUUGAAUUUCUUUUUGUAAUUUUGGUUUUUAUUCUGAGAGAUGAUGUCAAAUGAACCCUUUGAAAAUAAAACUAAACCAUAUAUA